CCACGGUUCCACCUCAUUUUACAGUAAGAACAAUGCGACAAAAACAAGUCAAAAACAGUAAGAAUAUGCAUGGAAGCUAAGCAGACAUACACACACAAAAACAAUGCGACGAGCAUACUCACUGUCUCAAACUGCCAGAAGUGAACAACUCCGUAAUCAUGUUGAUAGUUCUAUUCUUGUCAUCAACCCAAGAGUGGUAGGACUUGAGGAUGUUUUCACGCUUCAGUAACUCCAGCAGAUGAAACUCGGAAUAUAACCUCUCCAACUAUUCCGGUCCGGUGUAUGUAAUGCAUCUUCAAUGCUCAUUUGGUUCCAAUCAACUUCUAUUCCGUCAGCCUCAUCAAUUGCCUUAUAUCUGUCAUAAGAGACGAAGAAAUCAGUACAUGUGUCUCUCUAGUAUUGAAAAACAGGAAAAACGAGGCAACGAGGAGCUCCCUCUCUCUAUUGGUUUUUCCGGCUCCAGAGGUUCGACUGAAUCCAACCGCUGGAGAGAGCGGCAAUUGAACGGAGAGAAGCUCAGCGAAUCCGAAACCCUAAAUUGAAAAUUUUCGGGGCAGGUGGAGAAUGAAGCAAAGCAAGGCGGGCGUUGAGGAAGAAGCGGCGACGGAGACAAUCGCGUCAUGGCCACGACGCAGCAGUCAAAGCUGAGCGUAUCGGAGAGCAGUCGAAACCGAGAGAAAUCGAAGGAUGAGGGAUCAGAAUGACAGUGGCGUAGAUGGCGAACACCAUCUAUUAAGUUUUAUUUUUAUUUUUUAAUAGUUGUAAAAUGAGAUGAAAAUUGUAAAUAUUUAAAUUUUAUUAUUUUUUAAUGGCCACGUCACUCAUUUAACGGUCAAAAUAGUUGACUAUCACAUCAGCAAAAACUAACGGAGAGUGAUCAAACUUGAACUAUUGAACUAAUUUUAGUGACCAUAAAUAUAAUUAAAUAUGUGCAGUGACCAAACAUAAACGGUUUUAAUAAACACAGUGACUAUCCUCGCAAUUAACCCUUUUUCUCAAAUAUAAACUUUUCGGUUUAAAGUUUAAACCCUAAAACAGAGACCAACCACUUCCCUCUACGAACGAUGAAGUUCCGAUCUACGCACAGGCUCUCCAUCUUCCUGAACUCUCCUCAGUUCAACCAUCGCCGUCUUCACCACCGCCAUUUCUUCACUUCUUUCCACAAGAAGUUUCAUUCGACGUCGCUUACUCGUGCCGCUUUGAACAAUGGCGACGGUGGCAACUCUAGAGGCAAUACUUUCCUGGUACCUGGUGCCACUGCAGCUACCUUACUUAUGCUUGGUGCACUGCAUGCUCGUCGGAUGUAUGAUGACAAAAAGUUGGAAGAUGCACGAGAGAAAGGGGUUGAAAUUGAAUUCCAACCUGAUGCAAAAGCUUCAUUUUUGAGGAUGCUACCCUUACGCUCCAUUUCAAGAAUUUGGGGUUCUUUAACUAGUGUGGAACUCCCUAUCUGGAUGCGCCCACAUGUCUAUAGAGCUUGGGCAAGAGCAUUUCAUUCAAACUUGGAGGAAAUGUCUCUCCCUCUCGAAGAAUAUUCUUCUUUACGCGAAUUCUUUGUCCGCACAUUGAAAGAAGGGUCCAGGCCUAUUGACCCUGAUCCACAUAGUCUGGCUAGCCCAGUAGAUGGUACGAUUAUAAGAUUUGGGGAACUGAAAGGACGGGGGGCUAUGAUUGAACAAGUCAAAGGGUUUUCCUAUUCUGCUUCUUCUCUACUCGGAGCUAGCUCCUUCCUUCCUAUAGCAGCUGAAAGGGAUUUGCCUGAGGAAACUAGUGAAAACCGAAGUAACCAUAAAGAGAACAGUCAAAAUUCACAAUGGAGUAUUUCAUUGUCUUAUCCUAAAGCCAGAGACACAGUGAAGUCAACAAGUCCAGGGAAAGGACUUCACUACUGUGUAAUUUACUUGAAACCUGGAGACUAUCACCGCAUACACUCACCAGUUGAUUGGAAUAUUCUUGUCCGCCGUCACUUUUCAGGACGGCUUUAUCCAGUGAAUGAACGUGCAACAAGAACAGUUAGAAAUCUGUAUGUUGAGAAUGAAAGAGUAGUAGUUGAAGGUCUAUGGAAUCAGGGAUUCAUGGCCAUGGCUGCAGUUGGUGCUACCAAUAUUGGAUCGAUCGAGCUUUUCAAUGAACCAGAGCUUAGCACAAACCUGCCAAGAAAGCUGCCAUCUACUUCUGAUCCUCCCGAAGAACGGGUAUACGAACCUGAAGGCAUUGGAAGACUGGUCAAUAAAGGAGACGAGAUAGCUGCUUUCAACAUGGGAUCAACAGUCGUGCUCGUCUUUCAAGCUCCUACAUUGAAAUCAGCCAAAGAUGGAGACCGAUCUUCAGAAUUCAGGUUCAAUAUCAAACGUGGGGAUCGAGUUCGAGUUGGAGAAGCGCUUGGCACGUUCCAUGAUAUAUAGAUUACAUAAGCAUUUGCUCAUUUUUCGCUGAAGUUAUUAUGGUUCAGCUAAGCAAAGCACACAUCCAAGUGUGUCAUACUUCCACUCUGAGUUUCACUGUUGUAGAAACCCCAAGUUGUCAGUUUACUUGUGAAAGUUCGUUGUAAUUUUAUGCAUCAGUUGCUGGGUUACUCCCGAGUCCUGAAAUUCACCUUCUGUAGAAGGGAUCCGCGAAAUAGAGACAUUGCUAUCUGGGAAUUUGAUACCCAGAACAGUUAGUGAAAUUGUUUUGAAGAUCAAUUGUUUGUGUGUGAAAAUGUAUCCAGCCAAAUCAUUCGAGGUUGUGGAGGGAUGAAAAGAGUGAAAAUUGAUCAAAUAGACAAUUCGACUAGUAAAACCAGCUGGUGCAACAGUAACUGAAAUGGGAUCAAAUCUCUAAAGUGACUUCGGUUGCUAUUUCUACCAAUCAAUUUCAUUCAAUAAGGGAAUCAAAAUCACAUACAAGUUCGAUUAGAAUCCCUAACUCACAAGUGUAGUAGUAACUGAAGAAUCCUAGUAACUUUCAACUAUCAACACAUAUCCAUUCAUUCGUUUUUCUCCGUUGGACAUGUCUGUAGAAGACCCUCUUCUGUAUUUCUCCUCCAAAAUUGAGCCACAGGCAACGUCACUCCACAUAUAAUAGAGAAAAAAAGCAGCUUAUCCUUCCCGGUAUCCCUCUAUAUCAAAACUUUGUUCCUGUUGACAUGAAAACACCAUCUCAUGUUAGCUAUAAACCAGCAACUCCGUUUUAUUUGAUCGAUAGGAAAUGCAUGUAAUGGUCACUACAAGUAUCUGUUUGAUUCAGAAAUCUACUAUUUGCUCAAUUAAUAACCAAACCAGCACAAGGGCAGACCCAGAGGAUUGGCCUACAUCAUCACACAACAACUGAAACUCACAGGUCGAUUGCUUAUGCCUGAUCAAAUCAGUCUCAAGAAGCUAGACUUGUAUUCGAAUUUGCCAAGGAAAGAAAGUAACACAUGAACG